CUCCCCCACGACGAGGUAAAACAUGGCGUUGCGAGAGCUAGCGUCGCUGGAGAAGUACUUGGGACUAAAAAAGCCUAACAAGUACAGUACACAGGGGGAUAAGAAGGUACCAGUCCUACAGAAUAAUAAUGGCCCUCCACUGGUGGGGCAGGUAACCAUCGCCUGCCACCUAGUGAAAGAAGCCAAGCGAGCAGAGCUUCUUGGGGACGGUGCAGAGGGCAGGGCAGUGGUGCAGCAGUGGCUGGAGUACAAAGUGACUAAGCUCGACUGCUGCUGUAAGGAAGACAUCAAGACCAUUCUGAAGGACCUCAACCUCUACCUGCAAGAUAAAGUCUACCUGGCUGGGAACCAGUUCACCGUAGCCGAUACACUUAUGUAUUAUGGAAUCCAUCCACUCAUCGUGGACUUGGCCAUCCAGGAGAAGGAGCAGUACGUCAACGUAACGCGGUGGUUCGACCACAUCCAGCACUACCCAGGCGUGCGGCACCACCUCCCUCCCGUAGUUGUGCUCAGGAACAGAAUUUACACCGGCAGACUCCACUGAGACCUCCUCCUCCUCCUCCUCCUCUUCUUCUUCCUCCUUCAGCCUGACCCAUCACAAAGCUUCUGUCCUCUGGAUCAGGCAAUCCAGAGUUGCGUCGUUUCACGAGGAUGUUUCUGCACAGUCAUAUCAGUUUUUUUCCUUCAUUCCUGCCUUUUUUUUUCCUUCCAGUCGUUUACUCUUUGGAUGUUCAAUGGGGGAGAAAAAUGUGUUUGUGUAUGAAGUACAAUUAAGGGAAUAACAGCUAAUAAAAAAUCUAGUUCAGUUGAUAUUUUUAAACCAAUCUCAGUGUUUUGAAUCAUUUUGCCACUGGCUUGAACAAGGGUUGAGAGAAGGAGCUCAUCGGUCACCUUAGCGCCUCUUUUAGUUUACGAUGCUGACUUUAUUUAUAGGAAAUCUGGCGCCUUAAUUCUUAAUCAUUUAGUUCAGCAGCAAUGUGAAUCGGUGACGUUAUGUUUUGUUUUUUGUGACUUUUGGAUGUCUUGUUUGAAAGGACUGUUGCUGUUGCAGCUAGCCUGGUAAAAAGCUGUUUCUAUUUAUUAACGAGGAUUUUUAUUUUUUUUUUUUUUUUUUUAAUUUAGUAUUAUUACAAGUUCAAAGACAACGGAAAAUGUUAACUCACUGGUUGUACAGUAUGUCCUUGGGAAACGCAGCUCUCCUCCGUGCCACCUCAGUGCUUUUCUGCACAGUUGGUCCAGAUUAACGUGGUCGCUGGCUCCACAUCAUAACCCCGAGGACCACAGUCCAUAUUGUUCUGCCAGCUCUCUGCCCUGCAGGAUCUAAUCGGCCUUUCAGACUUGUUAUUUAUUCA